GAAUACUCACAGACGCCAGUUUAUCUCUCACUACCGUCCACGAGAGGCGUUCACGACUUAAUUUUUAUACCAAAAAUAUUUUUCUAAACCUCAAAAUGUUCAGAUUUUUGAUUCUUGCGUUUGUUGCGACGGCGUUCGCUGAUACUCAUGAUGGACCCUGUCCUGAGGUCAAGCCGGUUGAAAACUUCAACUUAACUGCUUACCAAGGCGUCUGGUAUGAAAUUUCAAAGUUACCCAUCGCGUCAGAAGGCAAAGGCAAGUGCGGUCAGGCUGAGUACACCCUGAAUGGUGACGAGGUCAAGGUCAAAAACUCACACGUCCUCGAUGGAGAGCAGAAGUUUAUUGAGGGCACCGCCAAGUUUGCUGCUGAUGCCAACAACGCUGCCAAGCUCCUCGUGUCCUUUAAAUUCGGAGAAAUCGUAUCCGAGUCUGGUCUGCAGAUCCUGACGACUGACUACCACAGCUACUCUAUUGCUUACAACUGCAAGUACGAUGAGAAGACCAAGACUCACAAUGAGCAAGCCUGGAUUCUCUCAAGGUCCAAAUCCUUGGAGGGCGAAGCAAAGACCACCGUUGAUGCGUUCCUGAAAGAACACUCCAAGGUCAUUGACUCCACCAAACUGGUUAAAACCGACUUCUCCGAAGAGGCUUGCAAGUUUACCGGCUCCAGCGUCAUGACAGAACAAACUGCCAAGCCUUGAAUUUUUGAAUUUCGAAGAUUAUUUUAAAAUAGGAACGCAAAGCUAUGGUGAGAACCUUGUUUUUGAACACCAGUACUGAUGCUUUUUGACUGUAGACUUUCGGCCGUUUUCAAUAUUUUAUCUAUCGGUUGAUUAUGCUUACUAGGGAUAGAAAUUCAAAUCAAAUUCCUAUCUUUAUUAAGAAAAUCGGCAGAUAGAUAAUUGGGAUCGGACUUUUUUUUCUAUAUAGUUGAUCUUAAUAUGUAUCUCUUAUGUUUAUUUUGUUGAAAUUGUGAGUAUUGAUGUUUGAAGUUAAGGUUCGUUUUUUCAUAAUUGAUUUGACGUCAAGUUUUAGAGAAUUUGAUGAUGCGAAAUGCUCUCGAAUAAUUUUUACACAUAGUGCAAAAUAACUUAUAACAGUAUAUCUUCAGAAUUUCUAUAAUUUGACGUUAAAUUAGAUUCAGCUUUUAAAAAUAUUACGAAAUAAUAAUGAGUGUAAUGUUUUUAAAUUCAAAUGCCUCUCGAUCAUAGCGAUGUAUAUAGAAAAUUCUAAUAUUUUAGUCCUUAAGAUUGAUUGAUGAACUAAUUCGAAGUAAUUAGUGUGUCCAAAAAAUCCAUAAAAAACGAUCAUUUUUGUAUAAAAAUGUGAAAUAAUGAACAAUACAUAGCUAUAUCUGCUUAAUCCAAAGUUGUUUUUAUAUAUUUAUUCUGAUAACAAUCACUAAUACUUAUAUUAAUCACCAGUUAAUGUCUAAUCACCAAUAAUACCAUUGUAAUAAAAAUAUAGAACAGAACAUAGCUUAGGACUAUUUAUUGGAUAAUAAACUUUUAUACGAAA